AUGACGACAAUCGAAAGGCUUGGUUCCAUGAAACAAUAUGAGUUUGUUAUAAGUGAACCGGAUGAUUGUGUUACAAUUAUUUAUACUAGUGGAAGUUCAGGAUUUCCGAAAGGUGCGAUGAUCUCCGCAAAUGUAUUUCAAAGUAAUUUCCCUUCGUUGAACUUAUCGUUUCGAGAUGAACAUGUGAAGUUUUGUUAUCGACCAUUGGCAUGGGCCACAGAUCGACAAGGUUCAAUUGCUGUCUUUCUCGGCGGAGGACGGAUAGGAUUCUCAACAGGCAACGUCGAUCGUCUCAUGGAAGAAUUACUUCUAGUGAGACCAACGAGUUUCUCUGCUCCGCCGACGAUUUGGAAUAAGAUCUAUUCUGAAUAUAAAGCAACUCUCUCAUUGAUGACAGCAGAUCAAUCAGAUGAAGAUGCAGCCAAAACGGAAGAAAUGCUGCUGAAACAAUUUGCAAAGUUGAUUCCAAAUCGAUGUCGAGUUCUGUCGAUUGGUGGUGCAAUGGUAAGUGGUACAGUGCUUGAUUUUAUGAAGCGUUGCUUUUCGGAUCGAUGUCAAAUUAUGGAAUCUUAUGGAACGACCGAAUGCGGAAGCAUCACAUUUGAUAAUCUCGUUGAAACUUCAGUCAACUAUCGUCUCGAAUCAGUCGUCGAAAUGGGAUAUACAGUUGAAGAUAAACCAUUUCCACGAGGAGAAUUAUUAGUGAAAACGAAUAAGAUGUUUUCUGGAUACAUCAACAAUCCUGAAGAAACUAAAAUCGCAUUCACUGAUGAUGGAUAUUUUCGUACAGGAGAUAUUGUUGAAGUACGUCAUGUCGAGAAUGGACAAGCGAUCAUACAGAUUAUUGAUCGAAAAAAGAACUUUUUCAAACUUUCACAAGGACAAUUUGUGUCACCCGAGUUUCUCGAAAAUAUUUAUCGAGAAAGUGCGUUUAUCGAACAAAUCUAUAUUCAUGGGAAUCUACUAGAAGAUUCUGUUAUAGCAGUGAUUGUGCCAAACAAAGAAUAUGUUCAAGCAUUUAUGAAAAAACAUCAUCUGAAUGCAAAGUUCAACAGUGGUCGUGAAGCAGAGAAGUUACUAUGCGAUGCUAUUAUGAAUGAUAUGCGAUCGUUAGCAACGAAAGACUCACUUCGAAAACAUGAGAUUCCUUCACGAUGUAUCAUCAGCUUCGAACCAUUCACAUCAGAAAAUGGUUUGCUUACAUCGUCGAUGAAACUUUGUCGUUAUCGUUUGGGUGCUCAUUUCCAUGAUCGAUUGAAGGCAGCUGAAUCAAUCGAAGAUCGACUGAAAAUUCUAGUCGAAAAAGCUAUUGGACGCGACUUUAGUUCGAACUCAUCAACAAACAUGAUCUCUCUCGGUAAUGACUCGUUGGCUGCUGUACGUCUUUCUCGUAGUAUACAAAAUGACUUGGGAGUAUCGAUUCCAUUGCAUCUACUGUUUGACUCGAAUAUGACUCUAGAAAGUCUCACAAAAAUGAUUGAAGAUCCAUCUCGACUUGCAUCACACUCCGAUUCAAUCAAAUCACGAUUGUUACAGGAUGCUGCAGAAGUGCUCAAUGUCAACAUCGAAGAGACGAAAGACGCAAAAGAUUCACCUACAAUCGUUUUCAUCACUGGAACUACUGGAUUCGUUGGUGGUUUUCUCUUAGCUGAACUACUGAAAGUAUAUCCUUGUGAUUGUAAAUUUAUUUGUUUAGUUAGAUGUGACAUGUCAAUACCUCCACUAGAUCGUAUUCGAAAGAAUAUGAUAUUCCUUCAAUUAUGGAAUGAAACAUACGAAGAUCGUAUCGUUGCAGUUCGAGGUGAUCUUGCACAAGAAUAUUUUGGAAUGGAAAUAGAAACGUAUUCUGCAUUAGCAAAUGAAACAGAUGUGAUCUUUCACUGUGGAACUAUAGUCAACUUUGUACUUCCAUAUGAAAAUCUUUAUAGUUCGAAUGUUUUUGGUACUCGAGAAGUAAUUCGUUUUGCAAGUCAUCAUUCGAUACGAUGCAUACCGAUACACUACAUAUCCACCAUGAGUGUUCUACCGUCGACUGUAGAACACGAAAUGCAUAUCGAUGAAGUGUCGACAGAUCAUUUGAGAACGGGUUAUGCACAAAGUAAAUGGGUGGCGGAGAAACUUAUCGCUGAAGCUAUUCGUCUCGGUUUGUCAGUGACAAUUUAUCGGCUUGGAUCAAUAUGGGCAGAUUCAGAAACUGGUGCUUGUAAUCAGCACGACAUCUUUACACUAUUUAUAAGAGCAAUGAUAAAAACUGGCUGCUUUCCGACGACGGCUAUCAACACAAUAUUGAAUGGACUACCAGCUAAUUUAGCAGUUCAGGGUAUUGUCUCACUGAGUCGUCAGCGGUCGAAUAUCAACGGAAAAGUGCAUCACAUUGUUCCAUUCGGUGAAGGAGUACCAUUUGAGAAUCUAAUUGUAUGUAUGCGGCAAUGUGGUAUGACUGUGAACGAUGUUUCAUACGAAGAAUGGAAAAGAAGAGUGGCGGAACAGUCGGAGCCUAUCGUAGAAUUUUUUUCUCAGAGUCCUUUCGAGAGAAUCGUACCUGGAGAUUCAUCUACAAGCACUAUCGGCUCUGAAGUACUUGAUGAUAUUUAUGUUAUGAAAUGGUUGAAAUUUAUAUUGAAUCACAUUAUUGGUGAUCCAGUUGUUUAG